AUGAAGGGAGACUACUAUCGCAAUUUAGCAGAGUUCAAAUCAGGGGAUGAUCGUAAAGAAGCUGAUCAGUCACUUAAAGCUUAUGAGGCUGCUACUGCCACAACUAGCGCAAAUCUUGCUCCUACUCACCCAAUUAGACUUGGACUUGCAUUGAACUUCUCAGUCUUCUACUAUGAGAUUCUGAAUUCACCUGAGAGGGCAUGCCACUUGGCCAAGCAAGCAUUUGAUGAAGCUAUUACCGAACUUGAUAGCCUAAGUGAAGAAUCUUACAAGGACAUCACCCUUAUCAUGCAGCUUCUUCUAGUGAGAAAAGAUCAUGUUAGACCAAGUAACUAUUGGAACACUCUUUCAAGAAGGGACAUCGCAAAUAUCGAUGAGUACACUGAUGAGAAAAUGGUUGUUGUCCAAGUUAAUGCUAAAGCACGAAACUUGCUUUAUAAUGCUAUAAGUGGAGAGGAAUAUGAGAAAAUUUCAAGCUGUGACACGGCCAAGGAAAUGUGGGACAAAUUAGAAGUUACCUAUGAAGGAACUAGCAAAGUGAAUGAAACCCGGAUAAAUCUGUUAGUUCACGACUAUGAACUCUUCCAGAUGAAAGAAGGUGAAUCCAUUGAGGAAAUAUUUGCACGGUUCAGCAAAAUCAUUGGCGAUCUGAAAGCCUUUGGUAAAUCCUACUCAAGUGCUGAUCAAGUUCGAAAAAUCUUAAGGAGUUUGCCUACAACAUGGCAGACAAAAGUAAUUGCGCUUAAAUCUCAGGACCUAGACAAAUUGUCAUACGAUGAGCAACAAGGAGAUCUUAUAGCAUUUGAGAAAACACAUCUCGAGAAAAUGCGUCAGGAAGAGAAAAAGAAACAGUUGCCUUCAAAGCUGCAACUGAAAGAAUUGAGAAUAAUAUUGAUGAUGAUGCAGAAGCUCUUGAAGAAGAAAUUGCUAUGGUUUCAAGAAAUAUGA